GCAGGAGAGAAGUACUACAGGUCUGGAUCAUAUUAUUGCAGCAAUGAAUAUCUUCUUUAAUACAUUUGCUGUAAACUGUCGCAAACAGAUUUGUAAAAUUGGGGAAGAAAUUUUGCCGACAGUGCUUUAUAUAUGGACUCAAUAUAGGCCAAAAGAUUCCUUGAAGGAAUCAAUAAUUGAGUUAUUUCUUCUCCAAGUUCAUAUUCAUCAUCCAAGGGGUGCAAAGUCUCAGGAAAGAGGUGCAUAUAACUCAGCAAAGUGGCAAAGUAUCUUAUAUAACCUGUUUGAUCUGCUGGUGAAUGAAAUACAUGCCAUAGGUAGUAGAGGAAAGUAUUCUUCAGGCUCACGUUCUGUUGCUGUAAAGGAAAGUUUGAUUGAGCUAAUGGCUGAUAUUUGUCAUCAGGUAUUUACGGAGGAUACCACAGUUCUGGAAAUCAGCCAGCCGUACACCAUUACACAGUCCAGUGGUGACGCAGAACCAAGCAAGCGCAGGAGGAUUGAGCUUGGCUGGGAGGUAAUUCGGGACAACCUGCAGGGAUCACAGGAGGAUUUUCAUGUCGUACCUUGGUUACAGAUUACAGCUCAACUGCUGUCAAAGUAUCCCAUGAGUUUUCCUAACUGUGAGCUACCUCCGCUCCUCAAUAUCCUUCACCAGCUGCUGCCUCAUCAGCGACGAGGGGAAAGGACUCCGUAUGUGCUGAAAUGUCUUACAGAGGUAGCUUUGUGCCAAAACCAGAAAACUGAUUUGAAGAGCACCCACAAGUUAGAGCUCCAGAGGACAUGGUCAAAAAUUUGGUCUCUUACUAUUCGUAGUAUAAGUUUUCAGCAAAUUGAAACAGAGAGCUUUGGAUUACUUGGAGCUAUGAUUCAAGGGAACCUUGUUGUGACAGAUAAAGAACUCUGGAAGAUAUUUUCAGGAUCUGCAUGCAAGCCUUCAAGUUCUGCAGUAUGUUGUUUAGCGUUAGUGAUGUCUGCCUAUUCGGUGCCAGAAAAUUUGGAUAUAGGAAUGGAACAGAAUAACUGUGAAAGAAAUCUGGAUUCUAUGUUAAAGGAGGCAAUAAUGAAAUGGGUACUCUCUUGCUAUUUGGAGGAAGAAAUGGAAGAAUGUGCAGAGUUGCCUCCUGUGCUUUGCAGUGAUUUCCCUCAUCUUACAUUACAAAAAAUUCUUGUAAGCCUUACAAUGAAGAACAGUAGAGCUGCCAUGACAUUUUUCCAAAAUGAUGCGAAAUGUGUGCAGCACUUACAGGGGAAAGAAGAAAACAGUUUUUCGGGUGUUGAAGAGCUUUAUCUGCAGACAACAUUUGAUGAAAUGGAUAUUUUCACUAACUUUGCAGUAAAUGUUGCAGAUAAAAAUGUGACUGGUUCAAGAUUUGUCAUCAACCAAAAUCUUAGGGAAACACUGGAGUGCUGUCUUUUAGCAAUGUCAGAAAAGCUUUUACGUAGCUAUACUCCUAAGUCUAAGCUUGAUGCUGCAGAACACCUUGUGCGAUGUGUCAGUAUCUUGAUUGGUGUUCUUGGCUGCUAUUGCUACACUGGUGUAUUUACAGAAGAGGACGCAUGUAAAUCAGAGUUGUUCCAGAAAGCUAAGUCCCUCAUUCAUUACGUUGGAGAAAGCAUUUCUAACUCAACCAAAAAACUAAAUGAAGACGCCCAGAUCAGCUCACUGAGAACUUUGAUAAUGCAGUGUACAAAGUGCUUAUGCAAUUGUACCAAGAACAGUGCUAAUAAGAUGGUGUCUAAUUUAUUCCUGCGUUUGUUAACAUCAAAAUUUGUUAAUGAUCUUCUAGAUAUUUGCACAAAUCUGAUGACAUUUACUGGAAAACCAAGUGAUUUAGGAGAAGUGGACCUAGUGGGGAAUGACCCUGAGGAGAGUAUAAUGGAAACAGAUAACCAGGUAUCUGACCAUUUAUUUGAUGAUCAUUCAGUGACAGACAUCAGUGAUACAAACGAAUCUGGUGAGAUGCAAAAUGUAACAGGUGCUGUGAGCCCAUUAGCUGAAGAACAGUUGACAAAACAGGAUUUCCUUCACCUUGAAAUUCUGAGAUUCUUAUGUAUUUGUGCAACUACUGUCCAAAUUCAGACAGUGAGCUUCCGAGCCUCUGAUAUACGAAGGAAGCUGUUAAUGCUCGCUGAUGGCAGCGUCUUCGACAGUGCUAAGCCAUUGCAUCUGAACUGA